GUAACUACUGAUCAAGUCUUUUCUUCACACGAUGGACCUCCUGUCUUCCAUCUUCAUCAUUAUCUUCUUCCUCUGCUUGUUCCUUUUACUUGCUAGGAAGAAUUCCAAGCAAAAUAUCAAAGAUCAUAAGAAUCUUGUCGGUACUAAACUUCCUCCAGGGCCACGGAAGCUACCUCUGAUAGGAAACUUGCAUCAGCUAGCCAUGGCAGGCUCACUUCCACACCAUAUCUUGCGAGACCUAUCUCACAAAUACGGGCCAUUGAUGCACCUUCAACUUGGUGAAAUCUCUGCAGUGAUUGUAUCAUCUCCUGAGAUGGCCAAAGAGAUCAUGAAAACACAUGAUCUUACUUUUGCUCAAAGGGGUGAAAUUCUCGGCGCAAAAAUCAUAGCCUAUGAUUCAACAGACAUAGCUUUCGCGCCAUAUGGUGAGUACUGGAGACAAAUGAGGAAAAUAUGUACCAUAGAGCUUCUAAGUGCCAAGCGAGUUCAAUCCUUCACUUUCGUUCGAGAAGAUGAAGUGGCAAAGCUGGUUGAAUCAAUUCGAAUGUCCUCAGGCACAGCAAUUAACCUGACGACGAAGAUUUUCUCUUUGGUGAGUACUGUGGUGUGCAGGACGGCUUUUGGGAAGAAGACGAAAGAUGAAGAUGAGUUUUUGAAACUUAUGAAACAAGUGGUGGAAUUGACUGGAGGGUUUGAUCUGGCUGACUUGUUUCCUUCUGUGAAACUCGUUCACAUCAUAACUCGGAUGGAAGCUAAAUUGAUGAGCAUGCACAAGAAACUGGACAAGAUCAUUGGAAAGAUUGUGAAAGAUCAUCAAGUAAAGAAGAUGCAGAAAGAAGUAGAGGGAAAAGGUGAGUCAUCAGGGGUUGAAGAUCUUGUCGAUGUUCUCUUGCGAGUCCAACAAAAUGGCGAUCUGGAGAUCCCAAUCACAGACAACAACGUCAAAGCAGUGAUCUGGGACAUAUUUGCUGCUGGAACUGAUACAACAGCAACAACACUAGAUUGGGCUAUGGCAGAAUUGAUGAGAAAUCCAAGGGUGAGAGAAAAGGCACAAGCUGAAAUAAGAGGAGCUUUUGGGGGAAAGAAAAACAUCCAAGAGAAGGAUUUGGUGGAACUUAGUUACUUAAAGUUAGUGGUAAAAGAAACUCUAAGGUUACAUCCACCAGGUCCUUUAUUACUCCCAAGAGAAUGUGGCAAACCCUGUGAUGUUGGUGGGUACAAAAUACCCACAGGGACUAAGGUCAUAGUUAAUGCUUGGGCAAUCGGAAGAGAUCCUGAGUAUUGGCGCGACGCCGAGAGAUUCUUACCGGAGCGGUUUCAAGGCACUUCCAUCGAUUACAAAGGAAGCAAUUUUGAGUACAUUCCAUUUGGUGCUGGAAGAAGAAUGUGUCCAGGAAGUUCAUUUGCCUUGCCCAGUAUUGAGCUUACUCUGGCUUGCUUGCUCUAUCAUUUUAACUGGGAGCUCCCAGAUGGAAUGAAACCAGAAGACUUGGAUAUGAGUGAAGUAUUUGGGGUUACAGUUGCAAAGAAAAACAACAUAUACUUGAUUCCGACUCCACAUAGUCCUUGAGAGAUGUCACAUGCAUGCCCAAUGCAAGAUCAUAUGUAUUUCCAUUGUCUUGAUUCAUUUCACUUGCAAAUGUCUUCUAGACUACGUUUUAUAUAUCAAAUAUGAUAGUUAGUUGCGGACUUUGAUAAUUUGCUAUUGUCAGCAAAUAAUAAGAAGUAGGCAUGAUUACUUUGAA